AUGAGCCCACCUAGCCUAUCAGCGGCGGGCGACCUCGACGUCCACGGUGACAUGGCAUCAACGCCUCCACCACCGUCAUCAACGUCGUACCAUACCAACGACGUCGCCUCCACUACCUCCGUCACGCUCACUAAAGAGCAAUUCGACGAGCUGAUCAGGAACCAGCGCCCCGCACGGGACGACGACGCAUUAUCCAUGCGUCAGCGCCUACCCCCAGCCAACCCUCCGGUCUUCCCCGACGACUCGAAACUUACGGAGGACAAUUACGUUGACUGGGUCCCCACGAUGCCGCCAUGCCCGCCCUCUUGGGCUGGAUUCAACGCUCGGACGAAUCGAGCGACGGUCUCCGUUGCGAAGGCGGUCGUACCGACCAAACGCUCUGCACCAGGCAAGAAGGGAAAAUGGGAUCGUUCUGGUCCUGCCCCGAGCAACUGCCCAGCUUGUGGUCAAGGCAAACACUGGCUCGACAAGUGUCCGGAAUCGCGCAAGCGAGCCAAGUACCUCGAGCUCAAAAACGCCAUGAAGGAACUCCAAGGCUCAUCAUCGCCUGCGUCCACGUUCGUGGCCACCGAGGCAGCAUCCAAGGAUCAACACCUGUCCGUCGUUUCUUCUGCUACGUUUGUCAACAUCGGGCCACCGGCGGAAAUCCUUCUGCUAGACUCGGCGUCGGCGUGCCACGUCGUCAACGAUGCGUCCUUCUUUGACGGCCCCCUUUCGCCUACCCCGCAAGUCCUGCAAGGUCUAGGGGGAACGGUGAAGGCCUCGGGAAUCGGCUCGGUCAAGCUCGUCUCCGAUAAUGGUACCAGGUUCACCCUCAACGACGUGAUCUACGCCCCCGAGAGCCCUGCCAACCUCAUCUCAGUCCGGGCCUUCGACCGCAAAGGCGUUCGCAUCACCUUCGAACACGGACAAGUCGAGCUCCGCACGCCGCAAGGGUGCAUCGCCACAGCAUCAGCCAUCGCGUCCUGCGUUUACAAACUCAACGCUUCGGUCCAAGCUGCCAGCAAAGAUGCGCGACACACCCUCGUUGCCACCAAGUCCAAUAGGCUACCUUUACUUACCCUUCACCGGCGCUACGGCCACGCCUCUGUCCAGACACUUAAAAAACUGGCGGCCUCUGGCCAGGUGGAGGGUUUAGAUUGGCCCUAUAGUGACUUCGAGUGUGAUGGCUUCACCUGCAACGCGUGCCUUGCCUCCAAAGCGCAUCGUUUGCCUUUCCCCUCUUCGUCGUCGCAUGCCGCGGAACCACUCGCAUUGGUGCACUCGGACGUCUUAUCUUUCCCCGAGGAAUCCUUAGGCCAUAAGCGAUACCUCGUCACGUUCAUCGACGACUUCUCGAGGAAGACUUGGGUUUACCCCAUCGGGCACAGGGGCGAGGUCCUUCAGACAUUCAAGGAUUGGCUUCUGGAGAUCGAAAACGCCACGGGUCGCAGGGUCAAAACACUUCGCUCGGACAACGGGGGCGAGUAUGUCUCUACCGCUUUCAACGGCUAUUGCGUGGCCCGCGGAAUUCAUCGCGAAUUGACCAUACCGUACACACCCGAGCAAAACGGUCGGGCUGAGCGAGCCAACCGGUCGAUCGUCGAGGGCACCCUGGCUCUACUGUCUCACUCGGGACUCCCACGAUCGUGCUGGGACGAGGCUGCCAUGUGUUACAUUCACGCCAAGAACCUCUCGCCUCACGCGGCCCUUGGUGGAGCCAUCCCAAACAGUCGUUGGUCGGGCCACACACCAAGCGUAGGGGGUCUUCGGGCAUUCGGUUGUCGCGCUUGGACCACCGUGCCGGCUCACCGACGGGACAAGCUCGACCCAAAAGGGAUUCCUCUGGUCUUCGUCGGGUACGAUCGACACGCGAAAGCCUACCGUCUUCUCGAUCGUUCCUCCAUGCGUGUGAGUCUGGGCCGCAAUGUGACGUUCGUAGAAACCGAGUUCCCCUUCGCUAUCGCGCCCACCCGAGUGACGCAGCCGUCCAUCCCGGGUUACGCCCCCCAGCCCCCACCCGUCGAAGCUCCAACACCCGUCGAGCCUCCCCCACGGCCACCGGCCCCAACGCCUGUCGAGGCACCCGCGUCGCCCGCAUCGACCAGCUCGGCCGACAACGACGACGCCUCAUCGACCACGAGCGCAACGACGGAGUCAGCCGUGAACCUGCCGCAACCACCUCCGGAUCCAGCUCCACUCGCCAAAGUCAAGCCGAGUUGGGAGUACGGCGACGUCGCCAAGGUUGGUCCCGAUCCAGGGAAGUACGGUGAAGUCGACGCUCGAAACAUCAUUGAUGGCCCCCGGACUCGCCGCCAACCCGUUCCCACCAUGAUCACGCGGGAACAGCCAGUCGACGGCACCGACGGACCCACCGCCUCUUUCAAGAGCCUGCUCCUUGCCUUCGCAUCCACCAAGGCCGGCUUCGCAGAUCAUGACUUGUCGGUUGUUCGCGAUCCGGCAAAUUGGGGCGACGUCAUCCGAUCGGGACAAGAGGACGUUUGGGGCGCUCCGGCACAGGAUGAAUUCGAUUCGCUUCUGAACGAUUACGAGGUCUUUCAAAUCGUCGAAUCCUGUGAGCUCCCAGCGGGUGAGAUCCUCCUGCGGUCGGGCUGGGUGUUCCGGACUAAACGCAACCAGCAUGGCGACAUCACCGAUCACAAGGCCCGACUUGUUGCUCACGGAUGUGCCCAACGCCCUGGCCUUGACUUCGAGAAGACCUACGCCCCUGUCGUCAAAUUCACGUCCAUUCGAGCCCUCAUCGCACUCGCCGCGGCCAACGGCUAUCUCGUCCAUCAGGCCGACGUCCACAAGGCGUAUUUACACGGCAAACUUGACAAGCCUCUCUACAUGCGCGUCCCUCAGGGCAUAAACCUGCCAGGCAAGAUCCUCAAGCUGUCCAAAUCCAUCUACGGCCUUCGCCAGGCCGGCACCAUCUGGAACGCUGAGAUCGACUCGACUCUGCGGUCCCUCGGAUACGUCCCCACCAGGUCUGACAUCUGUAUCUACCGCCGCGAACACGACGGGCACUCACACUAUAUUGCCUUGUACGUCGACGACUUGCUUUUGGUUGGUCCCUCUACCGCCGAAAUCGAGCGGGUGCUGGACGCGCUGGAACUCGCAUACGGCAUCAAACGUCUCGGACCUGCCGAAUAUAUUCUAGGCAUCCAAGUCAAACGUGGACAAGACGGCUCUAUCACGCUCUCACAAGAGCGCUACCUUCGGGACAUCCUUGCCAGGUUCCAAUUCACCGAUGCCAAGCCGGCAAGUAUUCCAAUGCAGCCAGGUGUCGUCCUUGACUUCGAGGACUUGGCGGCCACUCCUCAGGAUCGUACGCGCUACUUGCAGGCCAUCGGUUCGUUGAUGUACGCCGCAGUUGGAACUCGUCCGGACCUCGCCUUCGUGGUCAGCUACCUCGCUCGCUUCUCCCAGCAGCCUGGCCCGGAGCAUUGGACAGCCAUCAAGCAGGUCCUCCGUUACAUCAAAGGCACGCUGGACUUGGGCCUCACCUAUCGCAAGACCAGCCAGCCACUCCAUGGCUACUCGGAUGCGAACUGGGGAGCCUGUCUAACGACCUCACGAUCGACCAUGGGCUACGCGUUCAUCUUGUCUGGAGCCGCUAUUGCUUGGUGCUCCAAACGCGAGCACAGGGUGGCCAAGUCCACUACCGACGCAGAGUACCUCUCUCUUUCGUACACAAGCGGUGAUGCCAUCCACCUGAGCGAACUCCUGGCUGAACUUGGCGCUCCGGUCUCCGGUCCAGUCGUACUCUACGGGGACAACCAAGGUUCGCUGGCUCUUGCGCAGCACCCGACCAACCAUCAGGGGUCUCGUCAUGUUCGCAUCUCGGAACAUUACGUCCGCGAGAGGGUAGCUGAGAAGGAGAUCGAGGUCCGCUACAUCGCCACCGGCGACAUGAUUGCCGAUAUUUUCACCAAAGCCUUGGGUCCCAAGCCGUUCAUCUUCCAUCGGGAGAAUUUGGGUUUGCGAGGUGCAGUGGUAUGACAGCACGGGGGGGUGUCAAUAUAUUGCUGUUUCAUCCCACUGGUAUUCCCGAUUAUGAUUAGUUACUAGUUGUUGAUAUUAGUCGCCUCGCGCGUCUCGAGCCUGCCUCGCACGCGCUCCCUUAGCGCUUAUCUUCUUUCUCCAACUAUCUUUACUAUCUUCAUCGGCUCUCGUACUUACGCACUUCGUGCCUCGGCCUCAGUUCCUGAAAGCUGCUCGAACCUGUGCUACAAACACCUACCUCUCAGCGGGAGCAUGCGUCACGGUCUGCCCUACAAGCACUUUCGCAGACAAAAGUCAGUCGCCUUUCAGCUUGUACUUUGUAAUCAUCACGAGUAACCAGCUGAUUUGUCUCUUCUUCGUCCGCAUCUGUAGCGGCAGGCACCUGCAUCGCCUGCGGGACUGGGGCACUGACUUGCACCUCCCCGGCGAUCGCCAAGACAUGCGGAUUGGACCAAUACAACAACCAACUCUACCUCCUCAACGGUCGAUGUGCUCCUGCCGCUGCUUGCCCCACGUGGUCCUUCCCCGACCCGUCCUCGCAAAAGUGCAUCCAAUGCACUUCGCUCUUCCCCGGUUCCCUGACUUGCAACGCUAAGGGUGCACUGUCGUGCGGUCAAAACAGUGUCGGCAAGCAGCUCUUCCUGACGGCGACCCAGAACUGCGUCGAAGCGGCUCAGUGCGUCGUUGGAACGUACCCCGACACUUCGAAGGGCCAGUGCGUGACUUGCAACGACGGUGUAACGGCGUGCACCGGUUUGGGCGCCUCUCAGGCACUGACGUGGUACGUUAUCAGGGCACACGUGGUUUCCUCGGUUCUCUUUGUAUGGAAAUAGUGUACUGAAGCCGCCCCGCGCUCAUUCUAUGCAGUGGCACGGCAUCCCGAAGCGUGCCUCUCUUCUUGGAUCCCACCACCACAUCCUGCGUGGCGCAGUGCCCCACGAAGUACUACCCGGUUCCGGGCUCGUCGAGUUGUGUCAUGUGCGACGACGGUGAUGAUGCCUGCACUGGUAAUGGAGACGGCACCGCCCUCGUCUGCGGUGUCAACUCCCUCGGACGAAAGACUUACAUGAGUCCGACGAAUGAUUGCGUCGAGGGUCCUAAGUGCGGACAGAUCGGCGCCUACUACCCCGACGACUACCUCAAGGCCUGCGUGAGCUGCGACGAGGGAGAGCUCGCUUGCACCGCCGAUGGGUUCGGGGCUGCUACGAAGUGGUGAGUUGUGCUAGGGAUCCUUUCUCGAGCGAGACCGGUCGUUGACUAGCUGGGGUGCCGAUCGUCCCACAGCGGUAAGCUUCCCGCUACCGGCGAGCAACUCUACCUAUUCCAAGGCGAUUGCUACACCGGACCCAACUGCCCUCAAGGCACGUUCGUCAACGACGGCGACAACACAUGCACGUCUUGCCCCGCCGGAGUUCUGCUUUGCGAUGCCAUCGACAACGCAAACCUCUGCGCACCUUCACUCAACGGACAAGCCUUGUUCAUGAACGUCGGCAAGUGCGUGACCACCGACAAGUGCCCCCUCGGUACCUACGGCAAGCCGGGACCUUUCGUGUGCGCCUCUUGCCUCGAGCUCGACUCGCAAGCCAAGCAGUGCGACAUCAACAACCGUGCCACUCUUUGCUUCCCCGGCUGGUGGGCGCGCCUUUCCGACGGCGUGUGCGUCCCCAGGAGUAGUUGCGACAGUUCCUACUACAUCAACGACGGCCCGAGGACUUGCACUCCGUGCGAACGCAUCCAGCACAACUCUGCAACUUGCACUGCCACCCUGGCAACGUCGUGCAAGCCAGGCUCCUACCUUCUCAACGGUGUGUGUCUCGCCGUUGUCCCAUUCCCGGUUACUUCCAGGAAGACGCAAGUGAGUACCAAGCUUUCCGACUGGGUCCUGGACGCAAUUGAGGGAUCGUGUGACUGACGCGACCGAACGCCUGGUUUGCGACCACUCGUUAGCUUGGUCCUGUAUCCCCUGCGGCUCGCUCUUUGCGCACGCCACGAUGUGCGACCGCUCCUCUCUCUACGCCUGCGAAGGUGGUUGGGCCGUCAUGAAAGAUUCCAACGACAAACGGGUUUGCACCUCGAACUGCGACCCAGGUUUGAGCUACGUCAUUAGCGGAGGCUUUGUGACGCAAGACGCCGGCAAAUACGAUCCCGUCAUCGCCCAAAAGGUCCCCUUCAAGGUCCAAGGCUGCUACCCCUGCACUUCCAAGUUUGGAGAGUUUGCUUUCACUUGCAGCGAAAAUGAUCUGGAUAGCUGGUAA